GAAACUGUGUGAGUGAGUGAGUGAGGUAGAGAAUGGAGGAACAAGACGAGCUUUCACCGGCAGCAAUGGUGAAGUUGGGUUCUUACGGUGGUUCGGUGAUGUUGGUUGUUCCUGGGGAGGAAUCAGCUGCGGAAGAGACCAUGCUUCUUUGGGGUAUUCAGCAACCUACACUUUCCAAACCCAACGCUUUUGUUUCUCAAUCUUCCUUGCAACUUCGCCUUGACUCUUGUGGUCACUCUCUCUCCAUUCUUCAAUCCCCUUCUUCCUUGGGCACGCCUGGAGUAACUGGAUCAGUGAUGUGGGACAGUGGAGUUAUACUGGGGAAGUUUCUAGAGCAUUCUGUUGACUCAGGAAUGCUUAUUCUUCAAGGCAAGAAGGUCGUUGAAUUGGGAUCUGGUUGCGGAUUGGUUGGUUGCAUUGCAGCUCUUUUGGGCGGUGAAGUCAUUCUUACCGAUCUACCUGAUAGGCUGAGGUUACUCAGAAAGAACAUCGAAACCAAUAUGGAACAUAUUUCUCUGCGCGGUUCAAUAACAGCUACUGAACUCACAUGGGGAGAAGAUCCUGAUCAAGAACUCAUCGACCCCAAACCUGAUUAUAUACUAGGAUCUGACGUGGUGUAUAGUGAGGGCGCUGUUGUGGAUCUUCUAGAGACACUUAGUCAGCUCUCUGGACCUAACACAACAAUUCUUUUGGCUGGAGAACUUAGAAAUGAUGCAAUUCUCGAGUACUUCUUAGAAGCUGCAAUGAACGAUUUCACAAUUGGCCGUGUGGAUCAAACACUAUGGCAUCCUGAUUUUCGCAGCAAUCGUGUUGUUCUUUAUGUACUAGUUAAGAAAUGAUUAAGAGUAAUUUUGUGUAAUGAUGGUAACAUAGCACUAUUAUUUGCUUCCAAGUUUUUUUAUUUAAUGAGUUUGGUUUGAUGAAUACUACAAUACAAUAGUUUGUGAUAUAUUUGAAUGGAAUGAGAUGCUUAUGAUUUAGGCUA